UGCGCAUGCUCAGUACCUACCCUGAUAUAAUAUGUGACAAUAAUGGACACCAAUGCAGACGAUGAUAAUCCUCCUACCGCCACAGCAGGGACAUCAAGCGCCGUGAUGAAGACGUCAUCAGCUCCCUGGGAUCCUAUGACGUCACCAGAAUGGGAUGGGGAGAAGCACACUAGAGAAGCCAUUCACAGAAUCAAAGGGUAGAGUGAGUUAUUACCAUCGGUGUGUGGCGCUGUUUUUACACUGCCACAUCCUCCUCAAUAGAGAUCUAGACACCAUCUAUAAGGACCCACCCCAUGGAAUAUGUGUCAUCCCUGACAAAGACAACAUCACAACUGUACACGCUAUGAUCACUGGUCCAUUUGAGACUCCAUAUGAAGGAGGACUCUUCCAUUUCUUUGUCAGAUUCCCUCCCAACUACCCCUUCUCUCCUCCGCGAGUCAAGUUCCUGACCACCGGAGGAGGGACCGUCAGAUUCAACCCAAACCUCUACCAGAAUGGAAAAGUCUGCCUCAGCAUUCUGGGAACAUGGUCAGGUCCGGGUUGGACAGCCACGCAGUCCCUACUCAGUGUUCUAGUGUCAAUUCAGAGUCUCCUGAACGAUAAACCCUACCACAAUGAGCCUGGAUAUAAUCAGGUUAGCAGGCCUUCGUGUUGCGAGGCUAUCCCUAUUUGCAGCAGGCCCACAACCCUGGAGAUGUGGAGAAGUAUAAUGACAUCAUAGUCCACGAGACACUGCGAGUGGCCGUGUGUGACUCCCUCACUGGCAGCCAGGCCGGUCCUCCUGAACUGCAGGAUGUCAAAAGAGAGGUUUUCCUUGGGUUUGCCGACUACUACAUCACCACAGCCAAGGAAAUAGGAACUAGACUAGAGGGCCAGCUCAUGACGGUAAACAGCUAACAUGUCCAUGUAGAAAUAUAUAUAAUAUUGUACAUUGGUAACACUCUUAUCGAAAACAGGACCCUUUCAACUGCAAUAAAGGGACUUUCAGAUUUGCAGAACUAGUCGGAAGACUUCAGAGGCUGCAGCAGUCACUAGCUAAACAGAACUCGCACCGUACUUCAUAAUGAAACUGUUGUGUGUCUACAUUAAUCGUUUUUUCUUCUUUUUUCCACGGAUCCUUUCUUCAUCCAACUUCCUCUCCAAUGCUUCUCUCCUUCCCAUCUCCUCAUCCUCCUUGGCUGGUAGAGGUCGCUUGCCAG